AUGUCAGCCCCUGCAAACACUUUAGAAUAUGCAGUGAGUCUUUUCCAAGUGAUAAUAGAUGGUCCCCUACGCUCGAAAGAGACAUACGAUAACGCGUGUCGAGUGUAUGAAUCAAUCAAACAAUCUCCAAACAAUUUUAUUGGUCUUCAUAUCCAAGUUCUUCAACAUUGUGAAAACGUAACGAUCCGCCUUCAGUGUAUCACCUCAUUUAAAACUGGUCUUCUUAAGGGAGAGUCGAACUCAAUUUUCGAUAAACUUUCUAUAGAAGUCCGCCUCCAACUUUCACAAACAUUACUUCAAUUGGCUAAUUUAGAACAUGUCCCUGGUGUAUUAAAGGGGUAUUCGAAUAUAUUGGCGUCGAUCUAUAACUCGAUGCAACGACUUAAAAUGUCAUUUCCAUCAUUACACGACGCUGUGUUUCAAUGGGUUGUUGGCGACGAAGAACAUCGAGUGAUGGCGUUCAAUUUGUUGACACAUGAAAUAGUGCCAUCGUCUCCUAAGGAAGAGCAAGCGCUUUACGUGAGUAAAUACGUUGAAAUGAUUCGACACGGAUUGAGCCAAAACGCGUUGUCGUGGAUCAAAGACUCCUUUAAACUGUUUACCGUUGUUGUAUUAAAUUUUGAGUUUCCCUCAGACAUCAAGAACCUCUUUGUAUUCUUCCCACUAUUUUUAGAGAAGAUCAAAGGGAUCUUAUCACUCGACUCCAACGAGACUGAACGGUGCGACAUACUUGGCGAUGUGACCGAACUCUUUUUGAACCAAAACAUUGAAUUAGUUGAGUUCAUAGCUCCAUGCAUUCAAAUGUGUUCCGAUAUAUCGUUGAAUCAAGCAACGCAUGUUGAUGUGAGAUACGCCGCUUUUGAUACGUUGAUAGCUAUCUGUGAAGGGUUUCCUAAGGAAAUUAAAAAAUCCAAAGAGUUAGAGGAGAGAGUGUUGGUCGUUGUGAUCAACUGGUUGAUGACUGUCAAAAUAACAAACGAAUGGUUGGUAGGGAAAGAGGACGACGAAGACUUGGAUAUGUACACCCGUGCUAUAAGUGGCCUGGAUACCCUUUACACACAAUUUGGGACUUCCAAUUUGCUCAAUUAUAUCUUUCAACAGGCACAACGGAUGGCGCAAUCUGCACAAUGGCAAGAACGGAAUACACUUUUGAAUCUUCUUUUCCACGCGUAUGGAAGAUCAAAGAAAACCCUUUUAAAAGUGACGGACUAUGUCAUGAACAUCUUGACGGUGUUAAAAAAUGAUGACUGUCCCAGAAACAUCUAUUUGAUUAUAGUGAUCAUUGAUAAGAUAUUCAAAAUUGAAAGUGAAGAGAAGAAAGCGAUGAUGAUACAAAGUGUGAUGAAUGUGAUAGGGGAUUGUAUCACGAGCCAAUAUCCCAAAAUUGUCUCACGAACAUGUGACUUGUUGUGUUCUAUAUUGAAUUUAACUGAGAGUCAAAUACUGAGUGUGUAUUACCCAAGAAUAGUACCAAUAUUACAAAUAUUAUUACGAUCAGUGGAAGACAAAAUUGUGAGUGAAGCGGCUUGUGCGUUGUCGUAUGUAGUCAUCAAAAUGGAAGACAAAUUUGCACCCUUUUUUGAAGAGACUUUGAAGGCACUUGUCGAGUCGCUGAAACAUGACGAUUUCAAUGUGAAAGGGCGGGUCAUCGAGUGUCUGAGUGUAGUUGCGAUGACUCUUAAAGGUGACUACUGUGAGAAGUGCACUUGUUUAAUGCUGAAUGAGUUAAAUAUGAUUUCACAACGACCGGGGAUUAGAAUAGAAGACUCCCUUUUUGGCUUUGUAGAAACGUCAUUUUCUCGUGUAGCGGAAAUUAUGGGAAGCAAGUUUGCGCCGUACCUUCCUUCUGUCGUCAAUUUAGUGUUACAACGCGCUCAGAUGAGUGUUAUUGGCGGUAGUUUUGAGGAUGAGAAAGAAGACAAAGAAGUGGAAAUAGGGAACAAACGAAUUGCCGUCCACACUGCUAUUUCAGAAGAGAAGAGAAAUGCCGUGAGGACUAUAGCCGACUUUGCUAAGGACCUUGAUGUAGUCUUUCUUCCAUUUGCACUGCGUUCGUUUGAAGUGAUACUUCCACUAGUUAAGGAUGUGUAUGAUGAAGGGUUACGAGAACGUGCGGGGCGAUGUGUUGUGAAUUUAAUUCAGUUACUGAAGAACAGCCGGCAAUUGAAUCAACAAAUCCAAAUGACAUGUGUCAUGGUCUUUAUCUAUCAAAUUAAGCACGAAUCAUAUGUUGUGACUACCACUUCAUUACUCAACAAUUUUGAAGACGUUUUGAGUGCUUUUCGGGAUAACACGAUCGGGGAUCUGUUACUGAGAGAUUUGGUUGAAAUGAUGGGGAGUUUGUACACUGAAGAUUGUCAGCGAAUCAGGGAAUCUUUUGCAAAGACGUCGAUUAUGCAUAAAGAUGAAGAAGAAGACGACGAAGAUGAAGAAAAGAUAACAGAAGAGGCGAAAGUGGAGAACCAGUUUAGAGGAGCGUAUGUGAGUUUCUAUAAAAUGGUAUGUCAGACACAACCCCUUAUGAUGUACACUGUGUUUUCAACAGUGAUGUUACCAAUGAUCAUGAAGGAGUUGAAGAGUGGAGUAGAGAACAUCAUAGUGACCAUGUUCAGUGAAAAUAUUCUUGUGGAAACUGCGAGCAUUCUCAAUCAGACGGAAAUGAUGCAAGAGUUGAUGGUCUUGUUCAUCCACCGACUUGAAAAGGGCGGGUUAGUAGAGUUCACCCUUGAUAUGAUUCUAAAAAUAGUCGAGUUCCCUGCGAUGAAGAAUCUCAUUAGUUCCCUUGUUGUUGUCCUCCAACCGAUUUUGAAUAUAAAAGAAAAGAAUCUGAGAUGUUACGAAGCAGCUGUAUUGUGUAUGGGAAAGUGCUUUGUGCAGUCUCCAGAACUCUUUAAAGAGAGUGACGUGUUAGUUUGGCUCAGCAUCUUGCCUCUUCAAUAUUUUGCUGAUGGGUGUGUCUAUCAACUCUUUGUGUUAGUUGCCAAAGGGAUGUUGAAAGUGAACGAAAGUGUAAUGAAGCGUAUCAUGGAGAUUCUGAUAUUGACAUUUGGCAAAGAUGACAAGUGCUUCAAGUGCAUCACCCGUGACACUGUGCAAUAUUACUUACAGUUGUGGAACACAAAGGAAAAUCCACUUUUUAUAAGCGUCUUUAGCCAAUUCACACCAGACAAUCAACAACUCCUUGAGUCUCUGUGUAGGAAAAUUCAACGAACUUAA